CUCUGUAAAACAUGCCCAACACAACACCACAUCCGAUAGCCUCGAAGCACUGCAAGCUGGGAACCAUGGCCCUGAAUGCUCUCAGCCAUGUCUUGUUCUUCCUACUGCUUGCCUUUGCCAUGUCUCAUGUAGCCUUUGCAGGUGAUCCUGACAUCACCUCAGACUUUGUCCUACCACCAAACACCACUGCUGUUGAUGGCAGCUUCUUCACCUUCACUGGAAUGCGCAAAGCCAUCACUCCAGACCCACCAAAAGCCUUCACGGUCCUCAAAGCUACAAUGGCAGAAUUCCCAGCUCUCAACGGACAGAGCGUCUCUUUUGCUACACUGAUGUUCCCUGCUGGCUCCAUCAAUCCUCCUCACACUCAUCCCCGUGCUGCGGAGCUCCUAUUCCUUGUCGAAGGCUUGCUUGAAGUUGGGUUUGUGGACGCUACAAACAAGCUAUUUACUCAGAGACUCCAACCAGGGGACAUGUUUGUAUUCCCCAAGGGACUUGUUCACUACCAGCAUUGCUUCGGCCAAAGCCCUGCGGCUGCCAUUUCUGCAUUUGGCAGUGCCAGUGCUGGGACGGUAUCGGUUUCUGGAAGCGUCUUCACAUCAGGAAUUGAUGACGGCAUCCUUGCAAAAUCCUUCAAGACUGAUGUUGCCACCAUUCGGAUGAUUAAGUCUGGUCUUGCACCGAAGGCCUAAACUUGAAGCUCUUUUGUGAUCUCAAUCAUCUUAUAUCACAAGUUCCUUUAAUCAGCUGUCCUACCACCUUUCCUAAGAAAAUGUUGCCUCUGCAUUGUAUUUGUGGAAAGCAUUGGCACCCAUGUCUGUGGUGUGGACGCCAGUCACCAUGAUUCUUUAUGGCUUGAUUGUUGAUAGAGUUUCUGUCAUUUUUAUUUUGAAUCCUGUAAUUUUUAUCUUUGAGUCCUAUAAUAAAUUUGGUCUUUAAAUUAGGUUUGUUUUGUAA